AUGAUGAUACACCAAAAGUUAGUACUGUAGAGAGACUUAAGUUGAUGAGAACAAAUGCUCCUGGUUCAAUGGCUGCCUAUUUACAGUUACGCGAGCAAGAAAAGAUGCAGGCUGCAUUGGAGACUACGCAGCAAUCACAGUCCCUAACUGAGAAUUUGCAACAGCCAGGUACGCCACCAGGCCAACCUGAAGAAGAAGAAAAACAGAGAAAGCCACGAGGGAAGUCAAAACUGACUCAUGUCCAUACAAGAGGGGAAAAGAGAGAGAUCAAGCUAUCUGAUCUCGGGCAACCAGUAGAUGAUGAUGAACACCUGAUUAGGGAGUUCAGCAAUUUUUUAGGAACAACAGUAAGAGAGUUUGUCUCUCUUACAUGUCGUAGUUGGACUGAAGUUCCACAAAAAGAUAUCCUGUGGGAAUAUGUGAAGGACAAGUACGUAAUCCCUGAAGAAGGUUAUGACUGGGUUAUGACGACGAUGCGGGACUUGUUUAGGGGGUACAAAGCUCGGAUCAAGAGGGAUUACUAUUAUAAAUAUCAAACUGAUGAGGAGAGGCUAGAAAAUAGGCCUAGGGAGGUUCCAUUGAAAGACUUCAAGAUAUUGUUAGAAUAUUGGGCUGAUGAGAAAAUAGCGAAAAAAGCAAGAACAAAUUCAGAAUCUCGAAGGCUUAUAACUGAAACACAUACUGCUGGAAGUAGGAGUUUCGCACAAAUAAGUCACAAUAUGGCACUUGAAAGAGCAUUGAAGGCUACCCGUGAACAACCACCAGCGCCAAUAUCAGAUGCUGAUGUUUAUGUUAAAACACGCAAACGGGAAAGCACAAGAACAUACAAGCUACCUACUGAAGUUGUUGAGAAAAAAGUGGAAAAUGUAAAGAAGCUGCUGAAAGAUGGAACAAUUGACGAAGCUGAUGAAGUUGUUUAUGGUGGGAAGGAUCACAGUCGCACAUUUUUAGUGGGGAGGCCUAUUGAGAAAAGGGAACCAAAGAAAAAAAUUGCACGCCCUUUGCCUACCAUGCCAGAGAAGUAUGUGGCUAGUUUAACUGAACAUAUUCGAGAUCAAAUUGCAAAGGAGAUGGAAGAACAAGUGCAGAAGAAGGUUGAAGAUAAUGUCAAGCUCAUGAUGUCCAAGCUGGCAGAAAAGAAUCCAGGCCUUAAUCUCGAUAUCGAGCUAACCAGUGCAACUGAGCCAACAGUUGAGCCAUCACAGGCCAACAAUGGCAGUGAUUAACAGCCCUUGAUUGAUAUUUUCCGUAUUCUGAACUAAACAUGUCCUUGCUUAACUUUUAUUUAGCUUUUAUAUUAAGAUGAAUUUGUAUUUUGGAGAAGUUGGAGGAUCUCGUUUUAUUUUGAAUGAUGUGAUGUAUUUUGGAGUUGGGGAAUUGUCAGUUAGUCAGUACCGUUUGAGGAUUUGGUUGUUUGUUUGCUUGGAAACUUGAUAUUGUUAUUUAUAAAGGGAUGAUCUAAUUUUCAAACAAAAGCUUGCA